CAACUGUUUGUGUAUAAGUAUCCCCUCAGCUGCGUUGUACAGUAUAGUCGUUGUUCCUUCCUACCGAGCGAAGCGAAGAAAGAUUUCGAUCACGCAACCAGUUGCACCUUCCACUACUGCAUGUCCUUAUGGGCAGUUGUGACAGUACUUUGACCGCCACCAGCUGCGGACCACUGCCAACUGACACGGCAACUAGCUGACAACACGGCAAUCGUGCAUUAUGUUGCGUGAUUUAUGGCAUCACUGCUUCCAUCGUCGCUGUAUCCGUUUGAUUGGCCCAUUUCUCGUCGCACAAGGCGGCUGGUGCACUGCACCGGUAAGCAGCGCCGGCCUCUAUUUGUCAACCCGAUAGGACUCAAGCUUAUUUUGACUGUGGUAGCAAUAACAUUUAUCUGGAUAUCUCAUAACUCUGGCCUGGCUUGCCAAGUACAAAAAACGGCAAAAGUGGGCGAGACAUCCAUCCCAUCUGCACAGGCUUGUGUAGAUGGGAGCUGGGAAUGUAAAUUUGCACGAUUGGAUAAAAUGCUGAAUGAUGCAGCGCGCCAUCCAGUCGAUGGACGAAUUUAUCUGCCACUGGACGACAAGGAGACAUCCAGCCUCAUUGUCGACAAUUUGCGCGUUGUGGAUACGAAUUCUGGCGAUGCGGCUACUUUUUAUUGUCCGCUGCAGUUGACUCCUAAUUCAUCCGACACGCCGGACAUUGUCUGGGUCCACAACGGUCGACCAGUGGCUGUGGCCAAAAGCAGCGGCAUUAACGUCUUCAAUGGCUACAACAUAAGUCACGCAAUAAACAGGACAAUAUCCGCUGCCACCCUGAUUAUGAAGAACGUCAGCUGGAGCGAUCGAGGCGUUGUGGAGUGCCAGCAGAGGUGCCCCGAGGUGGCACCUCGCUUCUGCCGCCAACAAGCCUUUCGCCUGCGGGUGGCUCCCACCGGUAACGAACUCUUCCCGCUUCCGAUGGCCAACGUCACCGUACCCCGGGAUGCGGAAGCCCGUCUUCUCUGCGUGACCGGCUUCACCCAUCCCCUGGAGCCCUUUGACAUGCUCCAUGGUUUUAUCUGGCGCUUUAACCGGCAGUGGUUGGAGGCGCCCAAAAAGCAUCCGCUGCGUGAUUUAAUUUUUACUGAUCCCGACCAGCGUCAGUUUCGCCAAUAUAUUCCACCGGACGCUGCAACAGAGGAUACCUUAUCCAAGUACGGGAUGCAGUACAGUCGCGCGGGAAAUGUCGCCAGCACGUUGUUUAUUCCCAAAGUAGACGCGCGCCGCCCGGCGCGCGUCGAGUGUUGGGUGCAGCCGGAUUCGCGCGAAGUAUGGCUCAUGCAGGCGGCUUACCUCCACGUCGUCUAAGUAGCUUUUCGGCCGGGUAACGAGCGCCCCGAAGAUAGAAAAUCCGGUAAACUGGAGGGGAGUUUAGUCAAGUUCUUUUUCCUUUACUGUGUACUGGAAGUCCAAGGGUUAAGUGCCCCGAUAGAAGCCGAUACAUGGUGUCAGAUUGUUAUUAUUAUAUUACUUCGUUUACGCCACUAACGUACAAGGUUC